AUGAACGAAAAAGAUGUUUUGAAUGAAGAAUAUAACAUAUUACAAUCACAUUAUUUUAAUUGUAUUUAUUCCAAUUAUUUUGCAUUUGCAAAUCGAUUUAGUUGUGAUUUAACAUUAUGUAAAACAGUAGGAGAACAUUUACGUGGUAAUUUACAAGAUCAAUAUUCCAAUAUAAUAGUGGAAGUUCUAACAUUAACCGAUAGAAUUCUUCCAUUUAUAUCGAUGUUAAUACAAUGGGAAAUUCUUCAUACAAAUAAUAAAGAAAAUUUAUUAAGAGGAAAUAAUUUAUGUACAAAAGUAGUAACAUAUUAUCUUAAAAGAACAUUAAGAGGAUUUGCAAGAAAAGUAUUAACACCACAUAUUACAGAAAUUAUUGAAACUAAUAAAUCAUAUGAAAUUGAUAAAAUAACAUUAGGAAAUACAAUUGAUCAAAGUAUUAUUAAAGAAAAUCAAAAUAAUUUAAAAUGUAUUAGUAUUAAAAUUAUUGAUUCAUUAGUUCAAAAUGUUCAUCAAUUUCCAAAAGAAGCAAAUACUAUUUGUAAUCUUAUUUGGACUUCUUUACAAGGAAAAUAUCCUGAAGAUGCUAAAUUACCUUCUCAAUUAGUUGGAGGUAUUCUUUUUUUAAGAGUAUUAUGUUCAUUUAUUGCUACUCCUGAUACAAAUAAUUUAUUACUUCCAGGAACUAAAUUAACACCUUCUUCUAGAAGAAAAUUAAUUUUAGUCUCAAAAACUCUUCAAGCUAUUUCAAAUGUUUCAACAAAUUCAUUCGAUUCAGUUUUAGAACAAAUGAAAGAAGUUCUUAUUCAACAAAUUCCACGUCUUCAUGAAUUAUAUAGAAUUGUAUCUCUUGACUCUACAAUAUUACCAAUAAAUGAUUUAGUAUCAAAAGAUAUUCCAUUACGUCAAUGCGAUAUUAAUAUAUUUUUCUCUUUACAUUAUUUAUUUAAUCAAGCAAAAGAAAAUCAUUUAACUUCAAAUCAAAAUAGAACAGAAUUAAGACUUUCUUUAAAUCCAAAAUAUUCAAAUUCUAUGGUACAAAUUGAUUGUAAUCAAAUUAAAGAAGAAGACUCUAAAAUUUCUCCUUCUUCAGUUAGAAAAAGAGUUUUUCCUUUAAAAACUCCUCAAAGAAUUGAAAAAUCAAAUGACCUUUUUUCUUUAGACGUAAAACCAAUUAAAAAGAAAGAAAAUCUUUGUAAAAUAGAAAAUACUGAAGAAAAAUCUAAUGAAAAUCAACUAAAUGAUUUACCUCCUUUCCUUCUUCAAAAACCUUCAUCUCCAAAACUUUUACAAGAACCUUCAAAAAGAAGAAGUUAUAGAAGAUCAUUGUAUGGAGGAACAAUUGAUAUAGAUUCUUCUUAUAAAGAUUUAUCAAAUUUAAUUGGACCAACUCCAUUUGAACCAAUAAAAUCAUUUAAAAAAAUUGUUGAAUGGGAAAUACCAGAAAUUGAUGAAGAUAUUCAAAGUUUAUUAGUUGAAGAAAAAAUAUUUUAUAUUGGAGGAAUUAGUGAUAAACAAUUACCAAUUAUUUAUUUAAAUAUUAAACGUCUUUGUGAUACAUUACAAAUUGGUUCAAAUGUAUCUAAUUGGGAUAAAAUCAUUCAAAUUGCAAUGGAGAAAACAAAAAUGUUUGAAUUUGUUAUUGAUUGUAGUUGGUUUUCAUUAAAUUCUAAUUCAAAUGAAUAUUGGAAUAAAAUAAUUAAAACAAUACAUUAUAUAUUAUCACAACCUGAAAUUAAACAAAAUAUUUCUGUUUAUUUACUUCAUCCAACAAAACUAGUUAUUAAUUCAUUUCAAUCUUUAUUUAAAGAAGAAAAUAUUCAAAUUAUUGACAAUUAUAAUAUUUUAGAAUUAAAAUGGGGAGAAUCAAAUACUUUAAUCCCUGAAGACAGUAAAAAUUUUGUUAAAACAAAUCAAAUUCAAAUUUAUAAAGAACAAAAAGGAAAAAUGAAUGAAGAACAAUUAGUAAUGAGUUUAGUUGAAAUUAUGAGUAUUAAAAAAAAUAAAAUUCAAUGGGAAUUAGAAUAUAAAGAUAUUGAUAAAAUUAUGUUAUAUGAACAAAAAAUGAUGAGUUAUGCUAUUAUUCGUAGUUUUACUGAAGGAAAAUUAAAUACUAUUCAAAUUAAAUUUGAUACUAUUACUACUAAAGAUGAAUUUAUUAAAAAAUUAUAUGAAUCUUGUUUUUAUCGUUCUAUGUUAGAUAAUAAUUGUUUAAUCGUUUAUGCUGAAAAUAUUUGUAUUAAAAAAGGUAAAAAAGUUAUUGGAAAUAGUUGUAUUCUUAUGAUUUGUUUAGAUAGUUUUAUUGUUAAAAAAGGUAAUGAAAUUGAAUUGUCUAUUGGAUUUGCUGCUAUAGAAAGAGUAAGUGUAUUACCAUAUAAUGAUUUAAUUUCUAAAAUUCAAAUUUGUUAUAAAGAUGUAAAAGAUCCAUUAUUAAAUAGUACUAUUAAAGAAUGGUUAAUUGAAAAGAAAAAUGAACAAAUUAGAGAGAAAUUAAAUUAUAUGAUUGAAAAAUUUAAUGAAACAAAAAAUCAAAUGUAA